AUGGCGACCUUCCAACAGUUGCUGGGCCCUGCCACAGCCCGGGCGACGCCCAGGCGGAACACAUUCUACCCGCCGGUCCCGCAGGCGGAUCGAGCAUUGCACAUAGCACCGCCGCCGAAAAGAUAUAGGCCCGAGCCGGCACUGCAGUUUGGCGGCCUGCCGCCACCGCCCCCUCCAUCGCUGCCGCGCAGCCUUGCAGGAUCUACUGCUACGCAAAUCAUCCCGCACAGCUCUCCUCAAAGCUCUCCGGCCACGCCACGACCGCCGCCGGCAUCUCAGACUCCUCUUGCGCCUCCCAGGCCGCGCACAGUCAAAUUCAGAACCAUGCGCAGCUCCCUAGCAUCGCGCAUGAACAUAUGCGGUACGCUUUGGCUGCAGCUAGUGUACAAGCUAGGCAAAGCCUCGCAUCUCUUGCAAUCGGUGGAAGCAGCCAAACAAGCAUCGGACCAUAUUAUGGCAGUAAUCCGCAACAACACACCAGGCACGCUGGAGCGAUAUCUCCGCAUUGCAUCGCUAUUCAUGGACUUUCUUUGCAGCUCCGCAGUUAGCUUCCUCGACGUCAGCCUGCAUUGCCUACUCGACUUCCUCGCCCUAGCCAGAGCAUCGCACAGCCAAGACCUUGAGAUCCAUCGCAUCAGCGCCGCAUCUUCUAUCAAAGCCCUUCGCUGGUUCGUAAGGCAAACGCAAUGGUCAUGCCUUAGCAACGCAUUAGACAGCCCGAUUAUACGGGCCUAUUCCCUCAAAGGCACUGCCCAAGACCGUCGCGAAGCACUGCCCAUCCCCUGGGCACUAAUCGCUGCCUGGGAGCAGCGCGUCUGUGACCCAAACGCCCCCGUCACAACUGUCGUCGUCCUGGGGGCUGCACUGCUCGCCAUCCACGCCAGUCUGCGCUUUGGCGACCUGCAACGCAUUGACUUCUCCAGCCUCUCGCUCUCCACUUCCGCAUUGCACGGCACCUGCUGGGCGACGAAAACUACAACGCAAGGCCAGCCAUUCGCAGUUACCCUCGCGGGUAUCACUGGCCGGUGCAAGGCCACCUGCUGGACCCUGCACUGGCUCUCAGCAUUGCACCGCAUCGUGGCAUCCUCAUCGGAAGAUCCGCCGGAUUUUCUGUGGUUCAGCACGGCACUAGACCAAAGCUUGGUCGAAGAGCUUGUCCCAGCAUCAUACUGCACUGCUCUGCUCAGCCUUAGAUACCUGGCCACCCUGCCAUGGAAGGCCAGCGGCAAUGGUCUCUUGCCCAGCGAAGCUAGACAACUCACCCUGCACAGCAUGAAAAGCACCCUGUUGGCAGCGGCCGCACAGCUACGCGUCUACAAAGAGCUACGCCUGGCUCAAGGACACCACAGGGACAGCGCGAGGCUCUACAGCCGGAAUGACACUUUCGACAGCCUAGACCUCCAGCACCGCCUCGCACAAGCAUUUAGCACAGGCUGGCGACCAAACCGCAGUGUUGCCAGAGGAGGCCAAGCACCCAUUCCAGAGCCUCCUUUUCACCUCCCAGCGGGGGAGCCACUGCAAAGCAUCACAGCUCAGGAAAUUCUGGCAGGUCCUUGGAAAGCUUUUGCAUCCAGGCACGAAGAAAUGCACGCCGCAUCGCAACAUCAUCCGGCACCUACACAGCUGGACCCGGCAUCGCAGCAGGCUACGCAGAGCUCGCCAGAUAUCAUUGAGCAAUUCUCGCCAGAAUCGCCAGACCCCAUCGCACCCUUCUCAGAUGAAGAAGCCUGGAUGGUGGAAAACGCGGCACUGCAACGCCAAAGCUCCGAAUCCUCCAGCGAAGCAUCAUCAGUGUCCUCCAAAGAACCCUUGCAAAUAGACUUGGAAGGACCAACACCGCUCUUUGCAUGCACAGGCCCCUGGGGCUGUUGGCACUCGCUUUGCCCCCCUGAUGAAUCCGGCGUGCUGCGCACAGCAUGCGGGAUCAAGCUAGGCACAGCCGCCUUCACUUCCAACGCACCGCCACAGCCUCAUUGCCGUCGCUCGGCUUGCGUCGCACUCCGCAAUGGCGCUUGA